AUGCCACCCAAGACGACCUCCCGAUCCACGCCGCGAGGCCCUUCGACGGCCGUCAGGUUCUACCUGAUCGCCUACAACUUGGCUUCGUUCUUUGGCUGGAUGCUGAUCCUCUCGACGCUCCUCAAGCACCUGGCCGGCGGGCCCAUGACGACGUCGCUGCCCAUCCGCACCGCGUCCAAGAUCCUCUCGCCGCUGCGGCCCGUCCGGAUCGCCUACCUCCCCUCGUUCUCGCACCUGCCCAAGCCCGUCGCCACGCUCCUCGAGCGCGCCUCGUCGUCGCACAACCACAUCGGCGCGCUCGUCGCCUUUGUCCAGACGUUUGCCAUCCUCGAGGUCGUCCACGCCGCGCUCGGAUGGGUGCGCAGCCCGGUACCCACCACCGCCAUCCAGGUCGCCUCGCGCCUUUUUAUGGUAUGGGCCGUCUCGGAAAAGUACGACAAGGCCUGGACCUCGCCGUGGUACGCCAGCAUGGUGCUCGCCUGGAGCAUCACCGAGUGCGUCCGCUACCCCUUCUACGCCAACCAGCUCAUGGGCUCCGACGCCGCCGGCCUCCUCUGGCUCAGGUACACCACCUUCUACGUCCUCUACCCGCUCGGCGCCGGCAGCGAGGCCAUGUGCAUGUUCGUCACCCUCCCCAACGCCCUGCCCUGGAACAAGCCCGAGGCAUGGUUCCUCAAGGACUACGUCUUCUCGUUCCUCUUCAUCAUCUGGUGGCCCGGCCUCUACGUCAUGUACACGCACAUGAUCAAGCAGCGCCGCCGUGCGAUCGGCAAGGGCUUCUGGGGCGACAAGAAGGUGCAGCAGCUCGUCGACGACAAGAAGAAGCAGGCCGACGACGCCGUCGCCCAGGCCACCGCCCUCGCCGAAAAGAAGAGCGCCGAAAAGAGGAGGUGA